CGCAGCACCGCCCGCCAGUCCGGCAGAGCGAGGGGAGCGGUGGUGUCGUGUUGUGCCGUGCCGCUGGCAGGGUUUGGUGACUGAAAACCUGCUAGUGGUAAUUUCUAUGCCUGUGGAGCACUGCAUCUGUUCAUCUAGCAAUGUCCAAAGCUCACCAGUGAACUUUGAGCUGAAACCUGGGUUCUGACAGUGCUACAUGGAGUCCUUUGCUAACAGAGAAAUGGCAGUUUUCCUAUGGAAAAACGUAUUUCAUACUACAAAGGGGAGGAUGCUACAGCAGAGAAGGGCAUCUCUGUAUAAUGGUGCUCAUGGCUAUGACGAAGAAUUGAUAAAGAAGAAACUUCAGCAGUUUGCUGGUGGAUCUGUCAACCUUUCCAAAGAGCACAGUGGCAUUGGAAUACUUACCUUGAACAACUCCCGGCUAAUGAAUGCCUUCACAGGCACUAUGAUGCUAGAACUCCAGGAGAGAGUAACUGAACUGGAAAACUGGAAGGAUGGCAAAGGCCUUAUCAUCUGUGGUGCAGGGAACACUUUUUGUUCAGGAUCUGAUUUGAAUGUUGUCAAAGCAAUAUCCAAUUCCCAGGAUGGGAUGAAUAUGUGCAUGUUCAUGCAAAAUACCUUAACCAGACUCAUGAGGUUGCCAUUGAUCAGCAUUGCACUAGUCCAAGGAAAAGCUCUUGGAGGAGGAGCAGAACUUACCACAGCAUGUGAUUUCAGGUUGAUGACGCCAGGCAGCGAGAUUCGAUUUGUCCAUAAGCACAUGGGCCUGGUGCCAGGCUGGGGAGGAGCCGCCAGGCUGGUGCAAAUUGUUGGCAGUAGAGCUGCCCUCCAGCUGCUGAGCGGGGCUCGUGGGGUGGACCCUGAGAGAGCGCUGCAUCUCGGGCUGUCACAGGGGACCUUGUCUUCUUCAGAUGAAACUGAAUCACUAGAAGAAGCUCGAGCCUGGCUGAGUCAGUACACAGAGGGUCCAGCUAGUGUGAUUCGAGCUGUGAAAAUGGUGGUCACAGCUGGAAGAGAACUGCCGCUGGAAGCUGCCUUAAGGACAGAGAAGGAUGUUUUUGGAACUGUGUGGGGUGGGCCUGCCAAUUUGGAGGCAUUGGCUAGAAGACAAAAGCAUAAGUGAUUGUCAAUAUAUAAUAAAUAUUCUUGAUAUUUUACACACGAA